AGCACAGAUAAGCUGGGCGUACGCUCGAAGCACACUGCCCCACAUAUCGUGCUGGCUGCGAUGUCUGGUGCCUCCUGGCACAAAGGCUUCGACCGCAGGAUCCGGCGACAUGGAGAACGCGAUCGGCAUGAAGAUUCUUGAGGGGCCACCGCAGCUGGAUCGGGGGCAACCCACCGGGCGAGGGGGAGAGUUCGACGGAAGUGAUGAGUGAGGCCACCAGCACUUCUGUGGGCAUGCAGACGGCCUCUUCGAUUGGCACCCAGACCGACGAGUAUGUGGAUGACAUCAUCUGCCAGACGUGUGGUGAGGCCGGCGUGCUUCAUGCCUGCGGGCACUGGCAGUGCCCGACGCUGGAAUGCCGGCCUACUUGGUAUCAGCGGUUCGAGGCCAGGAAGUGGCUGGUCCCGCGCACGCCCGCGCGAGCACAGAACGAGCAGCUCUUCCAGACCCGCGAGCGCUGCGUGGACUGCCGCCCCGAGGGCCGCUGCCUCAAGGGGAACUGCCCCCGGUACUGCAACUUCGUCUUCCGCAGGGGUACGUGCAAGUUCGGCGCCAAGUGCUCGUUCUGCCACCUGCACGGGCGCGCCGACGCCACCGGGAAGUUCCGGGGCGAGGUCGACGGCGCACUGGACCUCCCGUGGCCGCCGUCCGGGUCGCACCUGCCACCUCCGCGCCCCCAGUGGUUCGGGGGGCCGGACAAGCCGCAGGGCCAGGGGCCCUAUGCCACGUCCGACGGGAUGGAUCGCAUGCGCGGCUGCUGCAACGACGGCGAGCCUUGGAAAGUGUCACUGUCUUCAGGGCGCGUGACGGCUGUUGUACCCUCGCCGAACGUGCUUCCCGAUGCCGGCGGAAUCUUCAACGCCUCGCCGAAAGUGCUUCUCCAUUCUGCCAACGGAAUGUUCGUUCAGUCCGUGUGACAUCCUUCCUACAUGAGGCCCGAAGAAGACAGGAUGCGUACCAUUACGCUUCGUGAGGCAGCUUGCGGCAGCACGCUCUGAGACAGCCAUCGCAUAAUUUCAAUUCGAGCGCCAGCCGGGAGCUAAGCGCCAGCCGGGAGCUAUCGGCAUUGGCCUCUUCAGGAUUCCCAGGCCGAUCCUGCUCGUCGACAUAAGUUAUGUUACCACCACACUCGACUCCAUCUGCACAGCGGAGACACGCAGAAACCCAGCUGGCGGAUGCAAGGCAUGGUAGUAGUGACCAAGCCUCCCAUCGCAAUCAUUGGGUUGCAGGGAUUCUCUUUUUCAUCGGCCAAUCCUUCUUCUUCCUUCCUCUUCUCGCUACUCCCCCUGCUGGAGUAGGAGGAGGAGGAGGAGGCUUGGCCAGCUCAUGCUCUUUUCCACCCUCUUCUUCCUUCCUCUUCUCGCCCCUCCCCCUGCUGGAGGAGGAGGAGCCGGCUUGGCCGGCUCAUACUCUUUUUCACCCUACAGUGGGAACCCAUGCCAAGAGAUACCCUGCUU